GUGGACGUGGAGGGCCGGAGGCGGCGGCGGCGGCCCGCGUCCGAGGCUCGCGGGCUGCGGGCCCGGGGACUGUGCAGCAUGGAUGGUUUUUCUGAGGGAGACUUCGCUUUGGCAGAUGACGGGUUGUUGGAAGGUUACCCUUACGAGGAUGACUGUAUCUGUGCCCCCGACUUUACCACUGAUGACUAUGUCCGAGUGACCCAGCUUUACUACGAUAGAGUGGGUAUGCAAUAUAAAGAUUAUGCCCAAAGUGAGAAAAAUUUAGAGUAUGACAUCUGCAAUAUAUGGUGUAGUAAGCCACUUUCUAUCCUGCAAGAUUACUGUGACACCAUUAAGCUAUAUAUCUUCUGGCCACUUCUUUUUCAACAACAACACAGUUCUAUAAUAUCAAGAUUGCAUCCCUGUGUGGAAGCCACCCGUUCUCGUGCCGCUGAAAUAAGUUUGAAGAAAUUACAGCAUCUUGAGUUGAUGGAAGACAUUGUGGAUUUGGCAAAGAAAGUUGCAAAUGAUUCAUUCCUUAUUGAAGGCUUAUUGAGAAUUGGUUAUAAAAUAGAAAAUAAAAUCUUGGCAAUGGAAGAAGCUUUAAACUGGAUAAAAUACACAGGUGAUAUAACAAUUCUCCCUAAACUAGGAUCGGUUGACAGUUGCUGGCCCAUGCUAAGUCUUUUCUUUACCGAAUAUAAGUACCAUAUUACUAAAGUCGUAACUGAGAAUUGCAACUUGCUUGAGGAAUUUAGAAGGAACAGUUGUAUGCAUUGUGUGAAGGAAGGAGAAUUGAUGAAAAUGAGAGGAAAUGAAGAGUUUUCCAAACAAAGAUUUGACUUAGCUGUCAUUUUUUACACCAGAGCCAUUGAAUAUAGACCUGAAAACCAUCUUCUUUAUGGUAACCGGGCUCUCUGUUUUCUUCGUAUGGGACAGUUUAGAAAUGCGCUUAGUGAUGGAAAGAGGGCCAUUGUUUUGAAGAACACCUGGCCAAAGGGUCAUUAUCGUUAUUGUGAUGCUCUUUGUAUGCUGGGGGAAUAUGACUGGGCCCUGCAAGCAAACAUAAAAGCUCAAAAACUGUGUAAAAAUGACCCUGAGGGAAUCAAGGAUCUAACACAGCAGCAUGUAAAGUUACAAAAACAAAUAGAAGACCUGCAAGGUCGGUCAUCGAAUAAGAAUCCACUUAAAGCUUUUUAUGAAAGCAGGGCUUAUAUUCCUAGAAACUCAUCAGCACCUGCUUUUAGAACGUCACUUAACUUUGUGGAAACAGAAAGAGGUUACAGAAAAACUAAGUACAAAAUGGCAAAUGGUGGCAGUCAGAAUCUAAAGGUGGCAGAUGAGGCUUUGAAGGGAGACGAUUGUGACUGUCAUCCGGAGUUUCUGCCACCUCCAAGUCAGCCUCCAAAACAUAAAGGAAAACAAAAAUCACGAAACAAUGAAUCAGAAAAGCCCAGUUCUAAUGCACAAGUGACUUUACCAGUGGAUUUGAAAAACAUUUUGGAGAAACAGUUUUCAAAGUCUUCCAGAGCUGCACACCAGGAUUUUGCUAACAUCAUGAAGAUGUUGAGGAGCUUAAUCCAGGAUGGGUACACAGCCUUGUUAGAGCAGCGUUGCCGCAGCGCGGCACAGGCCUUCACAGAGCUGCUCAAUGGGCUGGACCCUCAGAAGAUCAGGCAACUGAACCUGGCCAUGAUUAAUUAUGUACUAGUAGUCUAUGGACUUGCUGUUUCUCUCCUUGGAAUAGGACGACCCGAGGAGCUGUCUGAAGCUGAAAACCAGUUUAAAAGGAUUAUUGAACACUAUCCCAAUGAGGGCCUUGACUGCUUGGCCUACUGUGGAAUAGGAAAAGUAUAUUUGAAAAAAAACAGGUUUCUUGAAGCCCUCAAUCACUUUGAAAAGGCAAAGACCUUGGUUUAUCGUCUCCCUGGGAUUCUAACUUGGCCCACAAGUAAUGUGAUUAUUGAAGAAUCUAAGCCAGAAAAAAUCAAGACAAUGCUGGAGAAGUUUGUUGAAGAAUGCAAGUUUCCCCCCGUGCCAGAUGCUGUUUGUUGCUAUCAGAAAUGCCGUGGAUAUUCCAAAAUUCAGAUUUACCUAACUGAUCCUGACUUUAAGGGUUUUAUACGAAUUAGCUGUUGCCAAUACUGUAAGGUAGAAUUUCACAUGAACUGCUGGAAAAAGUUAAAAACAACAACUUUUAAUGAUAAAAUUGACAAGGAUUUUCUGCAAGGAAUUUGUCUCACGCCUGACUGUGAGGGAAUCAUUUCUAAGAUUAUCAUCUUUAGCAGUGGUGGUCAAGUUAAAUGUGAAUUUGAACACAAGGUCAUAAAAGAAAAAGUUCCUUCAAGACCUAUUCUGAAGCAGAAAUGUUCUAGCCUAGAGAAGUUAAGACUCAAAGAAGACAAAAAAUUGAAGAGAAAGAUCCAAAAACAGGAGGCCAAAAAGUUAGCACAAGAAAGAAUGGAAGAAGACUUAAAAGAAAACACUCCACCCAAAAAGGAAGAGCCAGAAGAAACUGUAGACAACGUUCAGCGUUGUCAGUUUCUUGAUGACAGAAUACUGCAAUGCAUAAAGCAGAAUGCCGACAAGAUUAAAUCUGGAAUACUGAAUACCUCCACACUUCUCAAAGAGCUGCUUUCUUGGAAGGUUCUGAGCACAGAAGACUAUACAACAUGUUUUUCUAGCAAAAAUUUUCUCCAUGAAGCAGUAGACUAUGUUAUCCGCCACUUGAUUCAGGAAAAGAACAGAGUGAAGACACGAGUAUUUCUGCAUGUUUUGAGCGAGCUUAAAGAGGUAGACCCCAAGUUGGCUCCCUGGAUCCAGAGACUUAAUAGCUUUGGCUUAGACGCCACAGGACCGUUUUUCUCUCGAUACGGAGCAUCUCUCAAGGAACUUGAUUUUAGCGUUAUGACUUUUCUCUGGAAUGAGAAAUAUGGCCAUAAACUGGAUUCUAUAGAAGGAAAACAACUUGAUUACUUCUGUGAGUCAGCGUCAAUGAAGGAAGCCCGCUAUUUAAUAUGGCUGCUAGAGGAGCACAGAGACAAAUUCCCAGCCUUGCACAGCGCUCUCGAUGAGUUCUUCGAUGUGAUGGAUAGCCGGUGUACUGUCCUACGGAAGCAAGACAGUGACGAAGUGCCGUUGGGUUGUGUCAAGGUCAAAAACAAAGGCAAGAAAAAGAAGCCAAAAGAUUCGAAGCCAAUGUUAGUGGGAUCUGGAGCAACGUCCGUAACGGCAAGUACUGAGGCUGUCACCCCAGAGGACCCUGACAGGCGCAACUCGGAUUCUGCAGGCCCGUUUGCAGUGCCUGACCACCUCCGGCAAGAUGUCGAGGAGUUCGAGGCUCUUUAUGACCAGCACAGCAGCGAGUAUGUCGUCCGCAAUAAGAAGCUGUGGGACAUUAACCCCAAACAGAAAUGUUCCACGCUGUAUGAUUACUUCUCUCAGCUGCUGGAGGAGCAUGGCCCCUUGGACAUGAAUGACAAGGUAUUCACUGAAGAGGGUGAGUUUUUCCCUGAAGAAACGCGGCAGAUGCUAGAGAAAGCAGGCGGCCUGAAGUCUUUCCUCCUGGGAUGCCCUCGGUUUGUUGUGAUCGACAACUGUAUCGCGCUGAAGAAGGUUGCCUCCAGGCUCAAGAAAAAAAGAAAGAAGAAAAACAUGAAAACUAAGGUUGAAGAAAUGUCAAAAACAGGAGAAUACCUGCGAGUUAAACUGCCUCUGAACCCAAGUGCUAGGGAAUUUAAACCCGAUGGGAAGUCCGCAGCGGUGGGCGAGGAUGUGAAGUCCGCAGCGGUGGGCGAGGACGUGAAGUCCGCAGCGGUGGGCGAGGACAGGAAGUCCGCAGCGGUGGGCGAGGACGUGAAGUCCACAGCGGUGGGCGAGGACGUGAAGUCCGCAGCGGGAGCGGCGCCCGAGGAUCUGAAAUCCCAGCUGGACUCUGACAGCUCUUCUGGCUCAGCGUCUGAGGACAGCAGGCUGGAAGUGGUCUCUUCUGAUUCUCCCACACCACUCUGUGAGGACGUGCAUCACGGGCCGGUUUCCUCUCCUUCCCCCACACCAGCUCCUGAAGGUGCCAAACCGACAUACUGGGCUCAGCCGCACGUGGUCACGGGGUUCUGCACGUACCUCCCUUUUCAAGGGUUUGACAUCACUCAGCCCCGGCCAGCAUACAUAAACAUGCUGCCAAGCCUGUCCCCGUUCACUGGCAUCUACACGCCUUUGGCCAGCCUUCCUUCUGAGUAUCCCAUGCAGAGGUCCAUGCCACUGAUGCCGUCUUUUGUGGCCGGUGACAGAGCAGAUAAAAGCACCACUUCGUAUUUUGAGAGUCAUAAUUUGAAUGCUGAGAUUGCCUCUGGCACACAGAUCUUCAAGGAUUCUUUGGGGAUACCUGUGAAGUCCCAGAGCAGCCCAGCUGAUGCCAGCACAGGUCUGAGUGAGCCUGACAGAAACAGCAGGUGUGGCGGGCACGCCGACAGCCCGUGUGAGGCUUCUGGGGACCGUAUGGGUGGAGUAACACACACCCCACCCGCACCAAUGGGGGCCGCACAGGUAUCUAAGACUGUAAGAGACCAGGAAGUCAAUACCGAGCCAUAUCAACCUUUUGAGACACAGAAGGGGGACCUUUCCCGGAUUGAGAAGGAGCACCACCUGCUGAGGGACCAGUUCAAGGCGGCAUUCGAGAGCUAUGAGCAGAUCAAACUCGAGAGCUCGGAAGAGGCCAGGGACCUGGAAGAAAAGCUGAGGAGGAGCAUUGAGGGGAACAAGAUCUCCAAGACAGAAUUAGACUGGUUCCUCCAAGAUCUGGACAAAGAAAUUAAAAAAUGGCAACAAGAGAAAAAAGAAAUCCAAGAAAGACUAAAGGCCCUGAAGAAAAAAAUUAAAAAGGUUGUAAAUGCCAGUGAAAUAGUUGCGCUCACAGAUGAGAAGGUGCUGGUAGAGGAGUCUAUCCGGAAGGGGAGAGAGCAGUAUGAAGACAGCCAUCAAAGAGCAGUGGCUGCAGAGGUAUCUGUCCUUGAAAAUUGGAAGGAGCGAGAAAUCUAUAAAUUACAGAGUAUGGCAUCACAAGCAGAAACCUAUCUUAAACAUCUCAAGCUGACGGACAGUGAUUCUGCAUCAUACCCCGACAUGGAGAGUGAUACACACUCGUGGGAAUCGUUUCUUUCUAAUGUAGGAGAGGAGAUUGAAAGCACAAAGUCCCAGUUUGAAGAUCGAAUUAAGGCCGUUAAAAAUGGCUCUCGUCUCUGUGAACUUUCCACAGUGGGGACUGCUGAGCUUUCAUUUCCUGCCUGGACAACGAUUCGUCCUCAGUCACCCUCUGAGUCUUCAGGCCAUGAGGACCGAGGGCCGGUGACUUCCAUAGACAUGACUGGAGCCGUCUACCAGGAUUCUCAUAUGGAGCCUGCUAGCGGCUGCGCAGAGGAGGGUCCUGAACUGUCACCAGGAUCACCCGCCCAUCAGCUCAGGAGAGCCAGCCAAGUGUCCCCAUCAGAGCAAAUCCCUGAGGCUGAUGAGAAACCACCCGGACAGGCCACUCGCUCAAGCCAGUCUCAAAAAAAGCCUUUCAACAGUGUUAUUGAACACUUGUCGGUGAUAUUCCCAUGCUAUACCAGCACUGAGCUUGCUGGUUUUGUUAAAAAAGUUCGAAACAAAAAUAAGAACUCACUCUCUGGGUUAAGUAUUGAGGAGACUGUUGAGAGAGUGACGGAGCACAUUCUAGAGGAACAGAAGAAGAAAAAGCCAAAUGCAGGAAAAGACAAUAAGACAUCCGAGGCUCAGUCUGCUGCCGCUGUGGCCAAGUCCUCCCAGAGUGCACCCUUGGCUGUCGUGGGACCGUCAUCCAAAAGCAAAGGCCAGAAAAGAGAGGAUGUCCCCGUGAGCCCUGCACCAGAUGCAAAUUUCUGUGAGAUAUGCCACGAGAUAUUCAAGUCAAAAAACAUGCGUGUGCUAAAAUGUGGGCACAAGUUUCACAAAGGGUGCUUCAAGCAGUGGCUUAAAGGGCAGAGCACUUGUCCCGCCUGCGGCAGUGGGGACCUGCUGUCGGAAGAGUAGCCUGCUGCACCGUCCUGACGGAACCAGCCCAGCCCAGACGGGCGGAACCGCCUUCCUGUUGCUGUAGGCCGUCACCCUUCACUGAUGCCCCGUUCACUGGCGCCAUGCGCUGGAAUAACAACCAUGUCUUGUUACCAGUAUGAAACCAGAAACGUGAAAACUUGUGCACUUCACACGGAGUCUUGAGUGCAGUCCAUACCACGUUCCAAGCAAGUGACAGCCAUGUGCGGGCCUCUGCGAUGCCGCAUCACUGCAUUGCUGCACGGUUGGGGCUGCUGCGGGGAAGCAGCCGCCUUCAGAAAGAGCAGCGCCCCGAUUGUAAGGAUUCUGAGCCGCUUCGGGUCUUGCCUGGGACUGCAGGGUCUCCUUCACAGAUUUUUAAAGCCCUUAUGAUCUGAUUGAUUGAUCCUCAUUUUGAAAAGCAAUUCUAAAAUUGCUUUUUUAAAACAAGUUUGACCUCGGACUUUUUUCCCUGGAAACCGGCUUCCUGUUGCAUUAGUUCACACUUGACGCCUACACUGAUUUCUGUGCUGGUCUCAUUAAGCUCCUCAGCCCGUGCUUGCUUGGAAGUGUCCAGCCAGCGGUGCUGAACUCAAGAGCACUGUGUAGAACCAUUCACCAUCCUUCCUUUUCCUACCGCCAAAAACAGAAAUGUGCCCGACAGUCCUGAAGUGUUGGUGUCACUCAGCUGUUCUGUGUUUUGACUUUUGUGUAAAUUAAUGCAUGCAGUCUUGUAUUGUGGCCUGAAAACAAUCUAACUGCAUUAGAAACUAUUCAAAACUAGCUAUUUUAUAGUGACCUGUAGUCGGUGGCAAAUACAGAAGAAACUUGAACCCUGGAUGCAUUCCAUUCUCUCAAACAUGAAGAAACAAGCAAACAGUGUUUUCCAGCGUGUUCUCUGUUGCAGUGACAGGCUAGGUCACCUCCUUUCUACCUGUUUCCGUGUGAGAUGUGGUGUCUAGUGACUUAGUCUAUAGCCGUUCGUUCCCUGUUCUGAGACACUGUGCGUGGUGGUCCCUGAAACGUGAUCUGCAUGCUCCAACAGUUGAGAGCAGCGUACAUUAAAAUACACAGGGGCAGACCGCAGUGUCUGGUACAAAGGAGAGUAGCUGCUUCCAGAAUGAACCUCUGUGCUCCGCAGAGCCUGUGAACAUGCCUUAUACUUGUGCAGUAACUGUCAAUAAAAGCAUUCAGAAAGAUAA